UCUUACAUCAACCAUCCUGUGUUGAAGUAUACAGGUGACCUGGAUUGAGUCACAUCAUUCAGAAAAUCUAUUAUACCUGUAUACUACAUUUAAUUUGAAAAACUGAAAUCUUAAUCUGAGUAAGGACAUAUAUAUUACAAACUUGUGUUUUGCUUAAUUUUUUGGAUCCUUGCAACACAUAACAUUGAAUAAUCUUUUCUGUUUUUGAAGAACAAGGCACGAUUUUUUCACCUCAGAAAUUACAAUCGGUGGCAUUUGGGUUUGUAAAAACUACCACAAUGUGCUCUGGGGGCUUUGCGAAGUGUCUGGGGAUCAGUCUGCUGCCCCUGGCAGUAGUGUGUGUGCUGUGCAACAUCCUUCUCUUCUUUCCUGGGGGGAAGGUUGUGGAUAGUGAACACAUCACAAAAGAAGUCUGGUACUUUGGAGGAAUUUUGGGCUCUGGGGUUUUGAUGAUUUUCCCGGCCCUGGUCUUCCUGGGUCUGAAGAACAAUGACUGCUGCGGUUGCUGUGGCAAUGAAAGCUGUGGAAGGAGAUUUGCGAUGCUGAGUUCCAUUCUGUUUGCAGCUGUGGGUCUUGUAGGAGCCGGUUAUUCAGUCAUAGUUUCAGCUGUUGCCAUAAACCAGGGACCCCAAUGUCUGGCUGAAGUGAACAAUACAAAAAUAUGGACGUAUCCCUUCAACGAUGGUGACUAUCUGACUAAUUCAACCAUAUGGUCAAAAUGUAUUGAACCUGCUGGUGUGGUGUCAUGGCAUCUCUCCCUGUUCUCUGUUCUGCUGGUCAUGGGUUUAAUCCAGCUGGUGCUGUGUGCUGUGCAGGUGAUAAAUGGGCUCCUUGGAGCUCUGUGUGGGGACUGCUGUGGCUGCUGUGGUGGGAAUGAUGGAGCUGUUUAAACAGUAACAGCGUCUGAGUUCAACUUCAGCAUUACCUUAUUUAUUCUCCAUUUAAUAAAAAAGAGCUACUUGAUGGCAGUGUGAUGUAUAUUAUGUAAAAACACUGCUGAAAUGACAGUACUCAGUCUUUUCACCUUCAAUUCCUUAUUUGCAGUGCACUGUUAUUAUUGCAAUAUUUUUGGGGCGCUGGGGGCAUUUUAUUAUUUAAAAAAUUAUGUAUUUUAGAUGCAUGAAUCACCCUGUCACAAAUGCCACACAAUUGUACAAACUUGGAAUGACUGUCCGCUGGUGUGCUUUUUGGGUGUUGUUUCAUUCAAUGGAAAUAAUGUAGCUGUGUCAUAGCACCUGUAAUCUGUGCGUAAUAAACACUUCAAAAAAAAAAUUUCACAUGUGUUGACAUUUUAAUAAAAAUGGCUGUAUGACGCAUGGGUUGAGUAGGACUCUUUCCUUUUGAAUCUUGUUUGGGCAUUUAGAGGUAGUAAAAGUAAUCAUAUGGGUUUUAAGUGUCAGGAUUUGCGAACGCGAAAACAAGGUUGGACUCACAACAGACAACCA